AAUAAGCGCAGUGCAUUCUGGGUCAACCUCAAGAUGGCGGCGCCCUUGCGCAAAUGUUGAGAAACAGUCUCGGCUGGAAGUCUGAUUAAAAUUAGCCACAGUUUUACCGUGUCGAUCCAUCAUCAAAAAUAACAGAAAGUGCACGGAAAGAGACCGUUGGAUUAACGUAUCGAACGCCUGUCGUGGCUCACGCAGAGUGUGUGUUUGAGGAUGAUGAUGGGCCGCUGCGCCUGACCCAGAACCAAAAGGAAAGCCAUCGCAGAUCCCCCUGCAAACACCUCUUGAUCCAGCGCUUGCAGAUCCUCUACAGGCUGUGGACGCUGCCAUUUAAGCUGCUGACGGGAGUGAUCUGUGUGAUCGUCCGCCGACGCAGCGGAUCUCCAGCUCGAGCUUUGGAGAACUCUGCCGAUCAGAGAUUCCUUAUGAAAAUGGAUGCUGAGCUGCUUCACUCCCCUGUGGUUGGUCUGGUGGAGGAGGAGGAGGUGGACAUGACUGACUGGAACCUUCCACUGGCCUUCAUGAAGAAACGCCACACAGAGAAGAUUGAGGGAUCCAAAGCUUUGGCUCAGAGCUGGAGAAUGAAAGACAGGAUGAAAACAGUGAGUGUGGCUUUAGUUUUAUGUCUCAAUGUUGGCGUGGACCCUCCUGAUGUAGUCAAGACUUCACCCUGCGCCAGACUAGAGUGCUGGAUAGACCCUCUGUCCAUGAGUCCACAGAAAGCCUUGGAGACAAUAGGGGCCAAUCUACAGAAACAGUAUGAGAACUGGCAGCCCAGGGCCCGCUAUAAGCAGAGUUUGGACCCUACAGUUGAUGAGGUGAAGAAAUUGUGUACUUCACUGCGGCGAAAUGCCAAAGAGGAACGUGUUCUCUUUCAUUAUAAUGGCCAUGGGGUGCCUCGACCCACUGUCAAUGGAGAGAUCUGGGUCUUCAACAAGAACUACACACAGUACAUCCCUCUCUCUAUCUACGACCUACAGACGUGGAUGGGAAGUCCCUCCAUCUUCGUGUAUGACUGCUCUAAUGCAGGGAUCAUCGUCAAGUCAUUCAAACAGUUUGCAUUGCAGAGGGAGCAGGAGCUGGAGGUGGCAGCAAUAAACCCUAACCACCCACUGGCUCAGAUGCCCCUGCCUCCCUCCAUGAAGAACUGCAUUCAGCUGGCUGCCUGUGAGGCCAAUGAGCUUCUUCCCAUGAACCCUGACCUCCCUGCUGACCUUUUCACCUCCUGUCUCACUACACCCAUCAAAAUUGCCUUACGCUGGUUCUGUAUGCAGAAGAGUGCAAAGCUGGUGCCAGGAGUGACCUUGGACCUGAUUGAGAAGAUCCCGGGCAGACUGAAUGACAGAAGGACACCAUUAGGAGAGCUGAACUGGAUUUUCACAGCUAUCACUGACACAAUUGCAUGGAACGUCCUGCCAAGAGAUCUCUUUCAGAAAUUGUUUCGUCAAGAUCUUUUGGUGGCCAGUCUCUUUCGAAAUUUCUUAUUGGCUGAGAGAAUAAUGAGGUCAUAUAACUGUACACCAGUCAGCAGCCCCAGGUUGCCACCCACAUACAUGCACGCUAUGUGGCAAGCGUGGGACCUUGCGGUGGACAUCUGCCUCUCCCAACUUCCCACCAUCAUUGAGGAGGGCACAGCUUUCAGGCAUAGUCCAUUCUUUGCUGAGCAGCUGACAGCAUUUCAGGUGUGGCUGACAAUGGGUGUGGAGAACAGAAACCCACCAGAGCAGCUACCCAUCGUUCUGCAGGUUCUCUUAAGUCAGGUACACAGACUGAGGGCACUGGAUUUGUUGGGGCGAUUUCUGGACCUGGGCCCUUGGGCCGUCAGUUUGGCUCUUUCAGUGGGGAUUUUUCCGUAUGUGUUGAAACUGUUGCAGAGUUCAGCAAGAGAGCUCAGGCCUCUUUUGGUCUUCAUAUGGGCAAAGAUCUUGGCUGUAGAUAGUUCAUGCCAAGCUGAUCUUGUAAAAGACAAUGGACACAAGUAUUUCCUGUCGGUGCUGGCUGACCCAUACAUGCCUGCUGAGCAUCGAACCAUGGCAGUCUUCAUCCUUGCUGUCAUUGUCAACAACUACAACACAGGACAGGAAGCAUGUCUGCAGGGUAACCUGAUUGCGAUUUGUCUGGAGCAGCUCAGUGACCCUCAUCCUCUUCUGAGGCAGUGGGUGGCAAUCUGCUUGGGCCGAAUCUGGCAGAACUUUGAUUCUGCACGCUGGUGUGGAGUUCGAGAUAGUGCCCAUGAGAAGCUCUACAGUCUCCUGUCUGAUCCUAUACCAGAGGUGCGGUGUGCAGCUGUGUUUGCUUUGGGUACAUUUGUGGGGAAUUCUGCUGAGAGAACCGAUCAUUCUACCACCAUUGAUCAUAAUGUGGCAAUGAUGCUAGCACAACUCAUUAAUGAUGGAAGUCCCAUAGUGAGGAAGGAGCUGGUUGUUGCUCUUAGUCACCUAGUGGUGCAGUAUGAGAGUAAUUUCUGUACUGUGGCUCUGCAGUUCAUGGAGGAAGAGAAAAACUAUGCUGUACCCUCACCUGCAAAUUCCACAGAGACAGGAAAUGUUACCCCAGGUAGGGACAGUCCUGCCAUCCCUCGUUUACGGUCAGUGAACUCCUAUACGAACCUAAGAGCUGCCACCACUGCUCGAACGCUCAAUAAGAGCCUUCAGAACCUCAAUCUCAAUGAGGAGGGUGGUCCGGCAGCAUUCUCUCCAGGGAACCUGAGCACCAGCAGCAGUGCCAGCAGUACUCUGGGCAGCCCUGAUAAUGAUGAAUACCUCCUUUCCUUUGAAACUAUCGACAAGAUGAGGAGAGUCAGCUCAUACUCUUCCUUGAAUUCUCUCAUUGGAGUGUCUUUUAACAGUGUAUAUACUCAGAUUUGGAGGGUGCUACUGCAUCUUGCAGCUGAUCCAUUUCCAGACGUCUCUGAUCUGGCCAUGAAGGUUCUCAACAGCAUUGCAUACAAGGCCACCAUGAACGCUCGCACACAAAGGAUUUUGGACUCAGGAUCUCUUACCCAAUCAGCACCUGCCAGCCCCACCAGCAAAGGAACACUCAUACAUCAAGCAGGUGCUUCCCACAGAUCCAAACGCUCUUCAUCUCCCUCCAGCGGAUCUCCACCUAUGCCUGGUGCCUCCAGCUCCAGCCUCACCAAUGAAGUGCCCAAACCGCCGGUCCGAGAGGGGCCGCCCACUCGGCCACCAUACACACCAACUCUGGGUGGUCAGGCGCCCCACUCACAGCAGUUCCCACGCACCAGGAAAAUGUUUGACAAGGGACCGGAUCAGACUGCUGAGGAUGGAGAUGAGACAGCUGCUCACAGGAGCUUCAUCAGUGUGAGUCUGCAGACGGGUCUUUGCGAGUGGAGUGCCAAAUACUUCGCUCAGCCUGUCAUGAAGAUUCCAGAAGAGCAUGAUUUGGAGAGUCAGGUUCGUAAGGAGAGAGAGUGGAGAUUCUUACGCAACGCACGAGUACGCAGACAAAGCCAGCGCAUCACUCAAAGAGGAGUGACACGGUUAGAUGAUCAGAUCUUCAUCAACAGAAACCCAGGAGUGCCAUCAGUGGUGAAGUUUCAUCCAUUUAACCCCUGCAUUGCUGUAGCUGAUAAAGACUCAAUCUGUUUUUGGGACUGGGAAAAAGGAGAGAGGUUGGAUUAUUUCUACAAUGGGAACCCACGAUACACACGCAUUACAGCUAUGGAGUACCUUAAUGGGCAUGACUGCUCUCUCCUCCUCACUGCCACUGAUGACGGAGCUUUGCGAAUCUGGAAGAACUUUGCUGACCAGAGGAAUCCAGAGAUGGUCACAGCAUGGCAGGGGCUGUCCGACAUGCUGCCCACCACUCGAGGUUUGGCCCGACGGGUCUCAAUCUAUCUUGACAGAAGUAAGCAGGGAGGUGCAGGUAUGGUGGUGGACUGGGAACAGGAGACUGGCCUCUUGAUGACGUCAGGUGAUGUUCGAGUCAUACGGAUCUGGGACACAGAAAGAGAAAUGAAAGUGCAGGACAUCCCAACAGGAGCAGACAGCUGUGUGACCAGCCUGUCAUGUGAUCCUCAGCGGUCACUUGUAGCAGCAGGUCUUGGUGACGGAUCGGUUCGGGUAUAUGACCGCAGAAUGGGACCUAACGAAUGUCGUGUGAUGACGUAUAGGGAACACGGUGCUUGGGUAGUGAAGGCACAUCUGCAGAAGGAGACCGAAGGACACAUUAUCAGUGUCAGUGUGAAUGGAGAUGUGCGGUUCUUUGACCCACGGACACCAGAAUCAAUUAACAUCUUGCAGACAGUGAAAGGACUGACGGCUCUGGACAUCCAUCCACAGGCAAACCUGUUCGCUUGUGGCUCUAUGAAUCAGUUUAUAGCUGUGUAUAACUCCAAUGGGGAUGUGAUCAGCAACAUUAAAUACUAUGAUGGUUUCAUGGGGCAGAGAAUUGGAGCCAUCAGCUGCCUGGCCUUCCACCCUUAUUGGCCUCAUCUUGCCGUGGGCAGUAAUGAUUACUACAUGUCCAUCUACUCAGCAGAGAAGAGACUCAGAUAACAUCAUGACCUCUCACCUUUGACCCCUGCUGCCCCUCUUGGAUGUAAAUGACUUCCUGUAAAUAUGCAACAACCACAAUGAAUGUCUAAAGAAGGCUGCUGAACCCACACAUGAUGACUAUAUUAGAACCAUUAUUAUGAUUAUUCUGAACAUAAUUCUCAUUAUGGAUUUAUUGAUUGUGGACUUGGCUGUGCAGAGGAGUGUGUACUAUUUAAAUUGCAUAUAAAGAACUAAAAACAAAUCUUUAUGGUUUGGCCAAUGCUGGCCGACGUUUUUGACUGCCUUGGAGCUAAUAAUCUCCUGCAGAGACAGAGAGUUCAACCUGAAGACAAGAAACUAUGAAAUAACGAACUUCUCUAAGCUCUGGGUUCCAGGCUGACUGUGGAAGGCCUAUUGCUCAGCGGGUUCUCUCUGAAGCCCUGUGCCUCGUCAUAUCUCUGCUGAAGUACAGUCGGAUGUGCUUUUCUGAAAAACUUUGUCAAUCUUGCUGUAGAUCCAUAGUUUUUUAAGUGUGCAGGCGUGCAUUUCUUGUGUGAAGAAAUAGCCAACAGAUGCUGUGUUCUUACUCGCCAGUCACAACCUCCCUACAUAUCCAUGCUUAACAUGUUCACACACACUAUGCCAAACCCUCUCUGCAUCAAAUACUUUAUUGGACUGCACGUAAAUGCAAAAAUGUAGUUUUACACCUCAACACCACAUAUGAGAGUGAUCCAAAGCACUGGACAUGGAUAACAGGGCCUGCCGUUCAUUUGCAUCCACUCUGAGAACUGUGGAGCCUGAGAGGGACACAAGGUUCUUAAAGAUAAGCUCAAAUAAUCAGGAUAAAGAUUUGUAUAGAUUUCAAGACAUGUAAAGAUAAGAGAGUGAAUUUGCCAUCUGUUUUUGCCUGGGCAGUACAAUAACCAAGUUUUUUUGUUUUUUUGUUUUUUUUUUGUUUAGUUUUUGUUUUGUUUUUUCCCUCACUUCUUGUUUUGUGUUCAAGAGUCAUAUGUAAUAGUUAUUUCUGUCUCUACACAUAUAGUCCACUAGUUAGUUAAAAUGGAAAUGUCUGUUCUCCAUGCUGGAAAUGCCACAUUACCUGCUUUUGCAGUGCCAAACCUUUUGUUUUUGGGUCAGGGGUCACCAUUCAUCGUCAUCUUUUCCCCCCCUCCCAUCUACAGAGCAGACUGCUCUUUUCAGAGAUUUGUGAUCUGCUGCACAAACUCAUUUGGUCUUAAAAUCAAACAUGGUCUACGUUGUUAUUUUUCCUGAAUGAAAAAUGAGUGCAGUUGACAGAACAGAAAAAGGACUAUUUCAUAUUUUUAGCUUCUCAUUAUGUUGGACCUGAUCUGUUUCCACUUUCACUUUCCCUGUUACUCCAAUAAUUUACAAUCUCCUGGUUACCAACGCAGCAUUGUGUGGAAUCAAAUACAAGUAUCAUGUGAUCGCAGCAAUUAUAUACAGUUUCACUAUGUCCUGUGCUGUUGUUAGCUUUGAUAAAUUCAUUUUAAUUCUCUGUUUGAGUAUUAAGAAGUUGUAGUUCACAGAGGUUUGAUCUGUGUCCCACAACUGUGCACAAUUUUGAUCUGUUUACACAAGAAUGAACAUGAAAGUUACUAAAAGCUUAAAGGGAUAGUUUACCCAAAUAUGGACAUUUUAUCAUUUACGUACCUGCAUGUCAUUACAAAUCUGCAUGACCUUUCUUUUGUGGAACACAAAGCAGAUAUUUUUAUCAGAUGUUUUUUGUUUGUUUGUUUGUUUGUUUUGUUUUGUUUUUCUUUUCCAUUCAGUUACAGUGGAUGGGGACCAGGCAAUUAAAAGAAAAAUACAUUAAUUGCCAAGUCAUACAGAUUUAGCAGAACCUGACGGGAAAGUAAAUGAUUAAAACGUUUUUAUUUUUGGGUGAACUACUUCUGUACAGCGGCAAAAUCACGUGGUAUAUAUAUAUUAAUUGUUCAGCAUUAUUUGGAGUACAUAAUGUGAAUAAAAUUUAUGAGUAGUUUUGAA